GGAGAACGUGCUGAAGAACCUGGAGGACAAAGCUUUUGACAAGCCCAUCUGCGAGGCCCUCUUAAACCAGAAGUUUUUCAAUGGAAUUGGGAAUUACCUCCGCGCUGAGAUCCUGUACAGGUUGAAGAUCCCUCCUUUCGAAAAGGCUCGGACCGUGCUAGAGGCCCUGAAGGAUCAGGAGCAGAACCCUUCCCUGACGCUGAGCAAGAAGCUGAAGCUGAUGCGGGAGAACCCGGAUCUCCUGGAGCUGUGCCACACCGUGCCCAUGGAGGUCAUCGCGGCGGAGAAAAAGCUCCUUGACCCAGAUCACUCAGAUAAUUACGCCGCUUUCAAGAACUGGCUGCAGUGUUACUUGGUGCCUGGCAUGAGCUCCCUGCGCGACCGCAACGGCAGGACCGUGUGGUUCCAGGGAGAGCCUGGGCCCAUGGCUCCCAAAGGGCAGACACCCCGCAAGAAGCGUGCUCAGCUGAAGGCAGAUCCCGAGGAUCUCACCCCCAAGGUCACCACACGUGCCUCAAAAGGGCGCCCCAGGGCUGCAGCGAAACCCCCCAAGUCGGCCAAGGAGGUGGCGGCUGAUGGGCCGAGGAAGGGACGUGCUCGCGGGAGGAGGAAAGCGACUGCUCCUCCGGCCCCGUCCGAGCCUCACGCACCGGUCAAAGCCCAAAGAAGCCACCGGACAUCGGCUCGCAGGGGCAGAGCAUCUGGACAAGAUGAAGGCUGA